CAUGCAACUUCCAACCGACGACCUUGGCCGCGCUUUUCCAGUCGUUGGCCGCGCUUUUCCAGUCACGCAGGCCGCACUUUCUCUCUCACACGAAACGCAAUUAUUCCUCUCCAAACAGCGCCUCCUGCCUGCCCGCCCGCCCGCCCGCUGCAUCAACGCACAGUUUCCACCAUUCAAAAUUUCCCAAUCCGAAACGCGACGAUGAAUUCAAUUUCCGUUUCUCUUUCCCCCUUCCCCGCCGUACACCGCCGCCAUCGCUCUCAGUUACCGUUCCCCCUCGGCCAUCCAAUCGCCCCCGCACCACGCCCUUCCUUCAUCCCUCUCUGCUCUCGCCGACGCCCGCUCGUCGUUUCCGCCUCCUCCCCCGGCACCACUAAUUCCACGCCUCCAAGAAGCGCGAUUAUUUACACGGUGGGUGAUUUCAUGACGAAGAAGGAAGAGUUGCACGUUGUCAAACCUACGACGACUGUUGAUGAAGCUCUAGAGUUUCUUGUGGAUAAAAGAAUUACCGGCUUUCCUGUGAUUGAUGACAACUGGAAAUUGGUUGGUGUUGUUUCAGAUUAUGACUUGUUAGCACUUGAUUCUAUCUCAGGUGGUGGUCAUUCAGAUGCAAACCUGUUCCCUGAUGUUGAUAGUUCCUGGAAGGCAUUUAAUAGGAUACAGAGACUGCUUAGUAAAACUAAUGGAAAAGUUGUGGGCGAUUUGAUGACACCUGCUCCUCUUGUUGUCCGUGAAACCACCAAUCUUGAGGAUGCUGCGAGGUUGUUGCUCGAAACAAAGUACCGUCGUCUGCCUGUUGUAGACAGUGAUGGCAUGCUGGUUGGAAUCAUUACAAGGGGAAAUGUCGUUAGAGCUGCUCUUCAGAUCAAACAUGCUAACGAGAGAUACCAUAAUUGAAGAUCAUGAAUAUUUGAAGAUCUCAGAGGGUAUUUUGUUUGGCCAACUAUAGCAUCAGAAUAGGAGAAGGCAGUUCGAAUAUCUGAAACGUUUUGCCAUAUCAAUUGCAGCAUUUGGAGGUCAGUAAUGAUAAACCUCCUUCAGUCUAUAUGUCUUCAUUUGUCCUUAAUCACUUUCUUUGUGCUUGUGCCUCUAGUCUUAAUUAGCAUUUCCUCAUUGUUUGAUGAAAUAGAGGAGCUUUGAUUGGGAUUUCAUAGCGUUGAUUAAGCAGUCUUGUGUAAAAUUUUGAACUGUGAUACGUGUAUUUGUGUUUGGGGAGCAAAACUAUGACAAACUUGAGCUAUAUAUGCAUAUACAUGUUUUGAAAA